AUGGCGGGCGCCGCGAAUUCCGACUCUUCCCCCACUUCUUUCUUCUCGUCAGCGGGCGCCCUCGACUCUCACCGGAGACGUGAGGCGGCGCUCCUCGGCCAGGGCGCUGCCGCGGGCUUUUCUUCUCCUUCAGUCCUCGCCAACCCCUCGAUCUCCGCGGGGCUGCACAACACGCUCUGCGUGCUCGCGGGCAUCUUGCUGCUUCUCUGGUUCCUCCGCCUUCUUCGGCAACUUAUACAGGAACAGAAAAUUCGAAGGCAAUUCGCCGUUCAGCAGCAUCCUCUUCACCUUCGCGGCCUCGCGCGCUACUCGUGGGACCUGCAGCGCCUCUUUCGCAUCCACUUCGAAAAGCUCGUGAGGAACUACAACCCGGCGUCUCCACUCGCGAUUCUCCGCGUCCGCGUCGCCGUCCAGACGAAAGCCGUCAUCUUCCCUUCCUCCUCAUCUUCUUCCUCAGCUUCCUCCUUUUCUUCCGCUUCAUCUUCUUCUGCCUCCUCCUCAGUUCCUUCUUCUUCUGCAUCUUCGGCUUCUCCUUCGCGGGCUCCUGGAGCAAGCGAGACGACUAACGGGGCUGUGGCGGGCGAAGAAGCCCGGAAGUGGGAAGCAGCCGUGGCGGCUCUGGGCGAGGCAGGCAGGACUGAGCUGGAGUUCCUCCUCGAUGCCUGCGACGCUGCGACUCUUGUCGUGUACUGGGGCGUGGACGCCGAGGCGCUGCAAAAAGCGCUCGCGAAAAAAGCCGACGAAGUCAGCGUCUCCCUGGGGGUUCUAGACCGGCCGCUGCACUUUCCGCGCUCGCUGCGGCGAAUCUUCGGGGCGCGGCGUCUCGCUGCUUGCACGACGAGGCGCUCGGCGGCUCACUCUGAGGCUUCGCGGUCGCUGCUUGAGCUGGAGGAGAGAGACGGCCUGCCCUCUUCGAGUGCAGACCGCGACGACGGCGGAGAGGGCGCGUCGAGGCUGGAGGCUGGAGCCGGCGCGGACAGCGCAUUGCUCUCUUCUUCGCCUGCGCUUCUCUCGCCUUCUGAGUAUCGUCUGCGGUCGGCAGAGCUCACCGUCAAAGCCGGGAUGCACCAGCGCGUGCGCGCCUCGCCUGCGGAUCGAAGGGCCGUUCUGGGGAAUUUCGCGGGCGCCGGCGGCGAAGGCCGAGGCAGCGCUGAGCUUCCCCUCGUUGUCGUGGCAUCCCUGCUUGCGCACUCCCACCGACGUAUGAGCGAGUCAGGCCACCUUGGAGCCGUCUCAGUCUCUGAGGCCUCCACACACGUGCUCAUCCUCCGGAGGAAUCAACUCAACUCGUCUUCUCUUGGUCUGGAGCUCGCGAAGGAAGUCAUGCUGGGUGGCGGUCUUGUGCGGGCUCAGGAGAGGCUCGACGUCUAUGGCCUGGAGGAGGGAGAGAGCGUUGGCGGAGAGAAGGAGUGCCUAGUCUGCAUGACGAAUGCGAAGGACGUCAUGCUUUACCCCUGCAGGCACUGCUCGCUGUGCUUCGACUGCCUCCGCUCGCUCCAUCAGGAGCGCUGCCCGAUUUGCCGAUCGAAUUUCUCUGCAUUCGUCACGUUCCCCUUCAAGCGAACUCACGCACUCUUGCCUUCGGCCGCUUCCCCAGCCUCGCUCGCUUCGCUGCCCGCCGCGGACGGGGAGUCUUCCCCGCAGCCGUAUCCGCUCCCUGGGGGUCGAGCCACAAGCCCCGGGGGCGGCGGCGAGCAUGCCGAGAGGGCCUAUGGCGGGGCGCGCAGCCCCGGCGCCUCGUCGGCCGGCAGCGGCGGCUCGCGGCGAACGCUCGCCGCAGACCUGUUCAGGGCAGAGCGAUACAGACGAGACAGUCAAGAAGCAGCAGACGCAGAGGGAGCGGCGGAAGACGAGGCGCAGAUGCCAGUCCGCAGGCUGAGCGAAGGCGCCUGGCGCCGCGAAGAGAGAGAAGGUCGCGAGCGAGGGCGAGGGGAAGGCUUGGCGUCGCCGGAGAGCAACAGAGGUAUGGCAAGCGCGUUGCUCGAGCAGCUUCGCCAGUACGUGCAGUACGACGAGCUCGGCAGCGAACUGCUCUCCGACAGCGACACGUAG